CGGAGCUAGCAGGGAAGCACCGAGCAGUGACGUCAACGCAAGCUAGCUUGGAUCCAUGGACGGCAAGAUGUCUCAUCUCCUGCCUGUGACCCUGCCCAAGAAGAAGAUCCCGGACGACGCUGUCCAGCAGGUCAGCGAAUGGGCGCUCCUCACCGCCGCCCUCGCAGCGAACUACCCAAUCUCCUACGCAGUCGGCCACUACCUCAUCCCCUGCGUCCAGUCCUCCUUUCUGCGUUGCGACCAGCCGACGGACGCUGAUCCCGCCGAGAAAACCACCCUCUGGAUCCGGGUGCUGUGCUGCGCCACACUCCAGGCGGCCGCGGCGGUGCUAGCGUUGCGGCUCCCGCGCCACCGCCGCUGGCUCCGCCGCGCCCUCGCCUACCUCACGCUCGCGCUCGCGGUCGUCAUCCACUGCAUGUACGCGGUCGCUGCCGCAGCCCGCCUCUUCCUCGUCGACGACCCAGGAGACCUCUUCAGCAUCUUCUGCACCGUGGCCGCCGUCUUCUUCAUGGCCAGCGACAUCAGAAGCUUCCUGGCCCUCCUGAGAGGUGAGGAGUAGGACUGAGAAGCAGGGCAAGCUCUACGUAACCGAUUAGUAUAUGAUCAGACAUAAUUCACAUGCUUAUGUAUGUAUAGUUGAUGUCGGUGAAAUUGGUACUGCAGUUUAUAAUUAUAUGCAUGAACUCAUGUUGUUACUCAUUCAUUCUCUAUGAACCGGUGGGU